AUUUUGACGUAUAACCCAGCUAAUUAUAAUAGAAAGAAGACACCAAUUGUUUCUAUCUAUUCAUUGUCAUUAAUAAUGUAACGUCUAAUAAUGACCAUUAGAAAAGGGAUGGAUAACUUAAAAUUUAAUUUCUUACUUUUAUGACUGAACAUGUCUGCAAAAAGAAAGUAUUUGGAGUUAUAGAAACAGCAAUGAAAGGCCUACGCUAAUCAUGAGUGUAGUUAACGCGUACCUUGCUGGGAUGACGUGUUUCCCUUGUACUAUAAAAUCCAUUGCAAUUCAAAUUUCUGUUCUGUUCAAGUUACAAUAAUGGUUGAAGAUAAUUCAUCACAAAAGCUCCGUUUGGAGAAUUGGAUGGCUGACCUGCCUGGUCCCAUAAAAGAUAUGCCUCUAAUAUUUCUUGCCAUUCCAGGGAGCCAUGAUUCCAUGACAUAUGGCAUAACUAGAUCCAGUACAGUGGCCCCUGAUGCUGAACCAAUACUCAACCGACUGUACCCAAUAUUCCGAGGUACGAUCUUACGAUGGACCAUAACGCAGGCCAGUGACACUUGGCAACAACUUCUCAUUGGCAUUAGAUAUUUUGACCUGAGGUUGGCCACAAAGGUUGGUGAUGACAAGUUUUAUUUCACUCAUGGAUUAUAUGGAGAUGAAAUAUCAUUAGCAUUGGGACAGAUCAGGAAGUUUGUGGAUUCACAUCCCGGUGAGGUUGUAAUUCUGGACUGCCAGCAUUUCUAUGGCUUCAGUCGCGAGGAUCACAUGAGGUUGAGGAGGUAUCUUCUGGACCUGUACGGAGCGCGUCUCGUGCCGCGGCGGAUAGACUUGCAAGCUAUCACGCUCAACUCGCUUAAUAGACUGAAGAUGCAGGUGAUAGUAGUAUACCGCAACGAGACAGCGAACUCUACGGGUGAGUUCUGGCAGCCGCAGAUGAUGCCGUCACCGUGGCCCCGUCAGGACUCCAUCACGGGUCUACUAAACUUCCUCACAAACAUCAGAAGGAACCCUAGCACUGGCUUCGUGCACCAAGCUGUACUCACGCCUACUCCUACUUUUAUUUUGUUACGGUGGAUUUCAAGUUUACGCGAGAAAUGCGCUGUGCCUGUCAUAAACGACGUGUUACCAAAGUUGGCAGAAUUCUCCCCCGGCCCACCCGCACCGUACACGAAGGCCGGUGCACGCUCAACAGUCAACGUUGUCAUCGCAGAUUUCGUUGACAUGAACGACGCCAUAUUCCCACGGACUAUUAUAGACCUUAAUAUGAAGCUUUUAAGACAUACAGAGUUAGUUCAUUACGGGUAAGGUGCAUUUCUAUAAAAACAGGCUUAUUUACUUAUGAUUAGGUAGUUAUGAUUUAGUUAGCACACCGCCCGUUGUGGCGGUUGUAAUUCUACGUACCUGAUGCUUUUUACGUGUUUUCUAAAUACAAGAUUUUUCUGUGAUAUUAAAAGCAGCAUAUUUUUAUACUCUCAGUAAUUCAACGUAUGUGUAUCGCUAUUGUGUGUACCGAAUUGUUGUACAGCAUUAUUAAUAAGCAAUAUUGUACAAGUACAAGUGCCCCAAAUAAAUAUAUGUAUUCAUAUAUCACGUUUAUUGUUUUAAUUUUAUUUCAACAGAAUGACUCAAUCAACUACUUGUUUUACCGAAGACUUUGUUACAGAAGUCGUCCAGCUGUAUCCUUUCACAUAGGUCUCUGAACGACCAUUUCUUGUGUUCUAUUAGAUUCGAUUGUUCCAAGGACGAGAACAACUUGUCUGACAGUUCGUCGGAGAUCUCAAUGAUCCUGCAUAUCUUGUCUAGCCGCGCCAAAUCAUCUAACGAGUUUGUCAGAUCCGUGAUAUGGAUUACUUGAGAUUUUCUUUCGUUGAUUUCGAACGAAUUGUUUGAGUCAGUGCCGCUGGCGCUGUCUAGCUUGUCAUAGAGGUCGGGUUUGUGUCUUUUCCUGUUUCCGAUACUGACACUGGUCAG